UCACAUCCGACAACAAUGGCGGACGAGUGUUUACAAAUAUUCCAAAAUGCCAACGUAGAGUUUAAAAAACUGAAUUUCAAAAUGGCAGAAGAGCUUUAUAACAAGUUCAUUUCGUCCUGCCUACAUUCCAGGGAAUGUGAAGCUUCUUGUUUGGCGACCGCUUACAACAACCGCGGCCAAAUAAAGUACUUGCGAGUGGAUUUUGACGAAGCGCUCGAGGAUUACACCUCAGCGAUAAAGGCGGACGACAAGUUUGAAGUAGCGUUCUACAAUAGAGGACUAAUACAUUAUAGACUGGGGUUUUUUGAGAACGCCAUUAAGGAUUUCCAACAAGCUUUAAAGCUCAAUGAAGCCUUUGAAGACGCCAAAGUCGGCCUUCGACGGACUCUGUUGGACCAACAGGACAAAACGAAGAGAGGAUAUUGAUGUUUGCGAACAUUUGUGUCCAACCGGUGUUGUUUAUGUACAUAACUUAUUAAAACAUGAAUGAAAGAUA